AUGAACGAUCCUCCACCGAUCCUCCGCCCCGCGAGGAUCCCCUCCGGAGGCCAGUCGCCUUCGAAACUACUGCGGCCCUCCAACGAUAUCCUCUUACACAUUUCUCCUGCCACCGUGGUGGAUGCGCUGGCAUCGCCUACGGGGCCGCUGAAGGCCUGUUUAGAUGGCGCUUCCAACGCGGAGUGCGAGUUUGCUAUGCAGACGGCAAUCUCAUUCAAGAAGAUUUGGGAAUGGACCCGUGAGCUGAAGGAUUGGUUUUGGCCGAACCCGGCUGGGCCAGCGGGAUUUGAGGUCUCGAGCGCGAGGCGGAAACUGGACUUUCUGAAGAGGUCUGACGCGGAGCCUGCAGGUCAAGAAUACAUCGGAUGUGUCCGAGCGGACGAUAUCGCGCGAUACGAGGAGAGAAUUGAGGUGAUCCAAUAUGAGCUCGAGACUUUGUCCGUGGACGAGUUGAAGAGUCAUGUCAUGAACAACCACAUCAUGCCGCUAUCGAGGCCCACAACUCCAGCAUCUAUUCGUUCCGGGUUCUCAACAAUGUCGAGUUAUAUCAAGAUGGAAGAUCUCACCGCGGUGGUUACAGCUAUUGUGGUACAAACGCUUCCAAUCCUGGCCCGGCUGAACCAACUUCUUCGGCUCUGGACUAUCCGGCUCGCGGUUCUUCACAGAAUACCAGGGCUUUUGCUAGACUUGGAAGACGCUGAGGCCGCUUUAAGUUCAGGAUGGAAUGUCAUUGCGCCGCCAUCAAACUCGCCUUUGGAGGGUGGUGGCAACCCCGGAGGUCCCAGCUUGACGCGAUCCGAUUUCAAUGUUAUGAAGGUCGUGGUGGAGAAGAAAAUCACAAAACCAGGUUCGACAUUGGAUUAUAUGUUGGAUCGUUUGGAGGGUAUGCCGGAUACGCUGCCUGAAGAGUGGCUCGAUCGCAUGGAGGACCUUGAGCAAGGAUACGGCGAUUGGGUCGUGGCUUGUGAGCGCAGGAUUCAGGAGAGUGAAUGGGGCCUUGUCGAGCGGCCAUCCCGCCAUCUGGUAGAGCAGGAAGCGUCCUCCCGGACAGCAGAUACCAGCCUCCUUGACAAAACUCCGGCGCUCCCUGUAGUUGACGAACAGGCCUCUUCGUCUCCCUCGGGUCCUUCAGAGUGGUUUGUGGACCCCGAGUUUGAUGAACUCGACGAAGGACUCCUUAGUGUUUGCGAGGAAGAGGACGAAGAGUUAGAAUUGCCGCCACUCCGGAAUGAGACAAGACGCGAUAGCGUCUCGUCUAUGGAAUCGACAGUCUUGCACGAUACCUCGAUGCGUUUCGAUGGCAUGUCAAGCGACUUUCCGGAGGUUUCUGCAUCGCCCGGGGUUGCCAAGUCUCGUGUCCGCGAGGCGGAAUAUAUCGAGGCCAGCCCGCCUAGCUCACCGCCGGCUCCGAAAACAAGCUCAAGAAAAAUACCCGAUUUGCCUCUUGACGAUUCCAGGUUAGACGAAUACGACAACUAUGAUGAUUCAAUGCAGCCAAGGACCCCUAUUGAGGGCUCCUUUUCGGAAAGCUUCUUUGAUGAUUCGUAUUCAGUAUCCGAGGCAGCAAGCCCAAUCAUGCGGCGAGAGAGUCUAGGGGCUCAGCACCUUCAUCAACAGAUCAGCCAGAUCAUCGACCGCAUCCCGGCAAAGAUAAAGCUGACAGAGAAACCUCCCAUCAACCUAAACCCCCCUGACCUCCAGCUUCCCAAGCUGAGGAAGAAGCCAUCCAAGGAGCCAUUUAACAGGUCGAGGUCAAGCCUUUCAUCACGAACAGCCUUGUCUCGAAAUGUUACACCAUCCUUUACACUGUCUCCCGCCAAGACUACCAGGCCGAGGCAGUCAAAAGGCCAGGAUAUCAAGGUCUAUCACCUCGCAAGAUCUACUGGAGAAGCUCCCAUUAAGCUCUCCAUUCGGUGUGUUGGUGAAAGUGGUGAACGGGUCAUGGUCCGCGUCGGUGGUGGAUGGGCUGACCUGAGCGAGUAUUUGAACCAAUACGCCAGCCACCAUGGCCGCCGCUCUGUUGUGACAGAGAAUACAAAGGUGGAAAUACAAGAUCUUCCCCGGGCGGCGAGCCGUGGACCAGAUAUCGGAUCAAGCCCACCUUCUCGCUCCGCUUCUCGCUCCGCUUCAGCUCUUGAAGCGCCCAUGUCACCGUUGGCUGUGCGCAAGACACGUAGGAGCGUGGGGUCGACCACCAGCGAGGCGCCACGACUUCGUCAAUCCACCCCUGGCCUGGCGUCGAGGAGAUUUGACGAGAGUGCGGUUACUGAUGAUUCAUUCAACCGCUCCAUGACGAACUCACGCAUGAGCUGGCGCGAGGAAGACAGCUCGUUCCUGGGGCUUGCCGGACCCAACGGAAAGAAGGUGGAGAUGAGCGAAGAGAGCAAGGCCUGGGUAGAGAGCGUGAAAGAAAAGGUCAGGCUGGCGAGCGGCGAAAGGAGAGUGUCUGCACAGGACGAUUACAGUAAAAAUAGAUUCGGCGAGCUGGGCAAAGUCGGUGGCACGAAAAGGAUCUUCCCGAAGAAAUAG